AUGACGCCAACCUCCACCUCAGAGAAGUUCGUUGACCGUUCGCGCGUUAUAUAUCGAUGUCUCGUUGUGGAUGGAGGCGAGGGCGAUGCGGCGCGUUGGAUAAGGUCAACCACGGCGUUUUCUCCCAAUCAUGGGACGCUGAAAAAGGCUCAGGAAACGUGUAUGACAGCAGCUCUAGUCUUCUCCACUGCCGAUCACGAGGAGCCCUCCAUCCUUUCCGCCUGCCUGGUUCUGGUCUGGUCGUUGAUGGAGUCAGAAGCGUUGGAGCAACCCGAGGGUAAAACGCAGGAAGGCAGAUAG